CUCGUCAUGAAAGAGGCGAGGUAUGCUCUCAUGGCAUUGACCACUUCUUCCUCCUUCUCUUCACCUCCCUAUAUAAAUACAUCGUCCUUCAUAUUUGCUUGGAUCUGAUCCCUCUUCUUCUUCUUCUUAUUCUUCUUCUUCAAACUCUUUAAUCUCUUCAAUUCCUUCAUAAUAUCAUCGUCAACCUAAUAAGAUGAGUAAAAAGGAUGAAGAAUCCAAAGAUAACCGCCAGGCACCAAAGUUGAAUGAAAGGAUCCUUUCAUCACUGUCAAGGAGAUCAGUAGCUGCACAUCCUUGGCAUGAUCUUGAUAUUGGACCUGAUGCUCCCAAAAUUUUCAACUGUGUUGUGGAAAUCACCAAGGGAAGCAAGGUGAAGUAUGAACUGGAUAAAAAGACCGGAAUGAUUAAGGUUGAUCGGAUUUUGUAUUCAUCGGUUGUGUAUCCUCAUAACUAUGGUUUCAUUCCUCGCACACUCUGUGAUGACAAUGAUCCCCUUGAUGUCUUGGUCCUCAUGCAGGAGCCAGUUCUUCCUGGUUGUUUCUUGAGAGCCAGGGCCAUUGGACUGAUGCCUAUGAUCGACCAGGGAGAGAAGGAUGACAAGAUAAUUGCAGUAUGCGCAGAUGAUCCAGAGUAUAAGCACUACACUGACUUCAAAGAACUUCCGCCUCAUCGUCUCACUGAGAUCAAACGCUUCUUUGAAGAUUACAAGAAGAAUGAGAACAAGGAGGUUGCUGUCAAUGAGUUCUUGCCUGCAGCCACUGCUUUUGAAGCCGUCCAGUCCUCAAUGGACCUUUAUGGAGAGUAUAUUAUGCAAUCCCUGGGGCGAUAGGCAAGAAUGCUGUUUUCCAAUUGAAUUCCAUCCAUCCAUCAGAAAUAAGCCGCACUUUUCUACUAUGUUUUGAUUUUUUCGUAUCUCUACACCUUUUAUACUUUUUUGUAUUUAGUGGAUACUAUACCACUUGUUUCGGUAUAUUAAGACAUCCUUAAUGUGUAAUGCUUCU